CUUGUACAUUGUAGAUAAAACAAAACUCCCAAACCGUCCGCCAGGUACUAAACUGGAAGUGGAGAUAGUGGAUUCCUUAAUAAGGUUUUUUUUUUGGAUUUUCAGUGCUUUUGGAUAAUAUUUUUAAAGAAGAAAAGCAAUCUGCGGCUGGAAUCAUCCACAUUCUGAUUUCCGAUUUCUGAUUUCAGACAAAAUGUAAGUUAAAACAUCUUUAUUAAACAAUAUGGUUUAAGGAUUCAUCAAAAUGCUAGAGUGUGUCCAUAUACAACACUAUUUGUUUACGCCUACAUUCAGUAUUAAACAGAGCUGCUGAAGUACAAAAAUUCUAAUAUCUAAUAUCAUGGAGGAGCAUCAGGUAGUGCCAGAUGUACUGGACAAGGUUCCAGCUAAUGUUCUCGAAGUCAGAUACAGUGACCUCGUGGUUGACCUUGGAACAGUGCUUACACCAACACAGGUACAGAAUCCACCAACGUACCUGAAGUGGGCAGCUGAAGAGGGCGGUCUUUAUACCAUUGUAAUGACUGAUCCAGAUGCACCAAGUCGUCAAGAUCCAAGAGUUCGUGAGUUUCACCAUUGGAUGAUGGUGAACGUACCUGAAACUGAUGUAUCUAAGGGUGAUACAUGGUCUGAAUAUAUUGGAUCGGGACCCCCAAAGGGGACAGGUUUACAUAGAUAUGUACUAAUUGUUUACAAGCAGCAAGGAAGGAUAGUUCCAACAGAAGACAAACGCAAGAAAAGCACUGCAAACCGAACAAGCUGGAGAACACGAGACUUCGCUAAAGCCAAUGCACUUGGGGAUCCAGUCGCUGCCAAUUUCUAUCAAGCAGAAUAUGAUGAUUAUGUCCCGAAGUUGCACAAAGAGCUUGCUAGCAACAUAACACAGUAAAAAAAUUAUACUUUUUAGUUACCUACUUACUGCAUCAAUAAACCAUUGGAACACAAAACACAGCAAUGGUCUGGCAGCAUCAAUACCCCUAAACUUCCCAGGGAGGAACAUAUUAAUGUUAUUCACCCCAUGAUGUUUUCCUGACGGAAACUCGCAUCGAAAUAGCAUUUGCAGUACUGCUACUAGGGGAUCAGAUUUAAACUAUACACUAAGCGUAAGUUCGGUAAUAUUGUGGUUAUAGCACCAGGGUCAUCUGGGGGUCGUGUGUUCGAUUCCUACCCGAAUCACUUGCGAAUUUUUUUUUUCUCAAGUAUUUGGAAACGUAUUUAGUGUUCGUUACGAUAACACGUCAGCUAGGGCAAAACAUUAAUAACAUACAUUAUUCGUUAUUUAUUUUUAUUUAUUUCCACAUGGGGUAACCUGAUCAGUGCAAGAACAUUGUUAUCCUCCAGGGCCCAGCAACCGUACAUAAAGUAAAAUAUAAUCAAAUGAUAAAAAUCGAAAGAAAAGUACAAAGACUGUAAAAAGCCUACUACUAGUAAUCACUCCUCAUACCACAGGAAUUCUCCUCUUUUCCUUCUUUAUUAUUGUUGAUUUUCUAUAUUCUGUUUUUCGAUAUUUGUACUGUGUUUUAGUCGUGAUUAUUUAUAUGGAUUUAUAAGAAUUCGUUUCUCGUACAUUUGUUUUUGCAAGACCAAUAAAAUGUCUGUAUGCUC